GUUGCAAGAUGCGAUAAACUUGUAGUACGUUGCUGCGACUGUUGUCCUGUUUUGGCAGAUUGUGCGAGUGCAGCAAGUGAUGUGCGCGGUGGUGAUGGUGAUGAUGUUGAUGAUGGAGCCGCAGAAGCAGUAUUGUUGUUGCUCUCUGAUGUACGCUGUUGCUGUUGCCGAGAUGCAAGACUUUGUAAAGCUGAUUUGCCGCGUUGUCCAGCUGCCUUUUGAGCCAAUGACUGUAGUGCAGAUGCCGGCUUUCUCGUCUCCUUGUUUUUCUUUGCUGCGAGUCCAAGAAGGGAUGUUGAAGAAGACGGCGGUUUCGUACCAUCGUCAGCAUCUAUUUUGGCCGGAUUAUUUCGGUUUGCAAGACUCUGUAGCGCAGAUGUACGUGGUUGAGAUCGUUGACUUAACCGUGCGAGCGAUGGGGUCGCAGCCUUUGGUCUUGAGUUUUCGAUUUCCUGUCUUCUUUUCCAAAGCACGUCUGGAUAUAAUGCAGCUGGAGGGCGGCGAUACCUUGCUUUCCGAUCUAAUACGCAAACGUUCAAAAAAGCGAAAAUGUAUGUUCAUCAAUCAGCAAACUGAUUUUUUUCAAUGAAGAACGUUAGGAACCACUUCUGAGAUAUGCCAAAUAAUAGCGAAAGGCAUUUCAAGGGGACACUAACCUGGCUAUAAACCGCUUUGCACUUCAUGAUUUCGACGCCUUUGUAAAAGAAGUAGACAAGAGAAAAUGAUGUUUUGUGUGGAAGGAGGGAUAGGCGGGAAAGGGUGGGGAUUGGACGGCUUGCAGUAUACUGAAAAAAGAAGACAUAGUGCCAUUAUGUUGUUUUUUACCUUUUGCCGCUUUCUUUGCCGCCUUUUUCUUUUGCUUUUCUUCCUCUGCCUUUCUCUCUGCAAUUUUCUCUAUGAUAUUGCAAGUGUGCAUAUGCGUGCAUUAGCAUA